UUUCUGUCAAGGCCACAUGGCUCUUUUUGGAAAAACUCCCCGGAUUGUUUUGCCUCUGGCUCAGCAGCUGCUGUGAAUGACACCCCAGCAUGAAACUUGACCCCAAGGGAAAUCCUCCCUUCCACAGUGACACGGCAGAUCCCCCAAUCUCAUGGCUCCUAGAAGAUAGGGAAGACUGAUCAGCAAUGGAGGACAAACCUGCCAGAAUUCCAGCUUCUGUGCCUCAGUUUACCAAUUCACCAACCAUGGUGAUCAUGGUUGGGUUGCCAGCUCGUGGGAAAACCUACAUCUCUAAGAAGCUCACCCGCUACCUCAACUGGAUUGGGAUCCCCACUAAAGUGUUCAAUGUUGGGCAGUAUCGCCGCGAAGCCGUCCAGACCUACAAGAGUUACGAGUUUUUCAGACCAGACAACGAGGAAGCCAUGCAGAUCCGAAGACAAUGUGCGCUUGCAGCUCUUCGGGAUGUCCAGACAUAUCUGAGCUUGGAAGAGGGGCAAGUCGGGGUUUUCGAUGCCACGAACACCACACGGGAACGGCGGGACCUCAUUCUGCAGUUCGCCAAGAGGAACGGCUACAAAGUCUUCUUCAUUGAAUCGAUCUGCGAUGACCCCGACAUCAUCCAGGAGAAUAUCACACAAGUGAAGCUGACCAGCCCUGACUAUAAGGACUGCAACCGGGAUGAAGUGGUGGGGGAUUUUCUCAAACGGAUUGAGUGCUACCAGAAAACCUACCAGCCACUGGAUGAUGAGCUGGACAGCUCCCUCUCCUACAUCAAGAUCUUCAAUGUCGGCAGUCGGUAUCUGGUGAACCGGGUUCAGGACCACGUGCAGAGUCGUACAGUCUACUACCUGAUGAACAUCCACGUGACACCUCGUUCCAUCUACCUCAGUCGGCAUGGGGAAAGCGAGCUCAAUCUACAGGGGCGCAUUGGGGGAGACUCCGGACUGUCUGAGCGUGGCAAACAGUAUGCUUGUGCCUUGGCCAGCUUCAUCCGUUCCCAGUACAUCAAUGACCUCAAAGUAUGGACAAGCCACAUGAAGCGCACUAUCCAGACUGCAGAAGCACUGCAUGUGCCCUAUGAGCAGUGGAAAGCACUGAAUGAGAUUGAUGCGGGUGUUUGCGAGGAGAUGACAUAUGAAGAAAUUCAGGACCAUUUCCCACAAGAGUUUGCUCUGCGAGAUCAGGACAAGUAUCGGUACCGCUAUCCUAAGGGGGAGUCAUAUGAGGAUUUGGUGCAGCGCUUGGAACCUGUCAUAAUGGAGCUGGAGCGACAGGAGAACGUGCUGGUGAUCUGCCACCAAGCAGUCAUGCGUUGCCUCCUUGCCUAUUUCCUGGACAAGAGUGGAGAAGAGUUGCCUUACUUGAAGUGCCCAUUGCACACCGUUCUCAAGCUCACGCCUGUGGCCUAUGGCUGUGAAGUGGAAUCUAUUUUCCUCAACAUUGAGGCUGUGAAUACGCAUCGGGAACGCCCACAGCAUCUUACCUACAAAGCUAGCCAGGUCCCUUUGUACCGGCACUACCGCAGCGUGCCAAUGGCCAGCCCUGUGCCAACCAAACAACCUUGCUGGGAAGAUCUGGGCCAGUCCCCUCCCCACUGCCUGUUUGGCCCUCAGAAUGUUGAUGUGUCACGAGAUCCAGAAGAAGCCUUAGACACAGUGCCAGACCAUUAUUAACCACACUACUUAUUAAAAGAAUCCUAUCUUCCA